CUGUUCAGUCUAAUUCAGAAGAAAGCAACGGAUGUAUCUGCUGAUCUGAGAGGAACUUCUAUAUUUCUUGUGGGGAUGAACAACUCCGUUAAAUCCAGUUUGGGAAUGUUGCUAGCAGAUUUGUUUCGAUAUUAUUACUUUGACAGUGAUUCUUUGGUCUCGUAAGUCACUGGGGUGAAUCACGCCAUAUCCUUAAAGGAGAGUGAUAAGAAGGGUCUAAAUAUUGUUGCAGAUCAAGUAUUGAAGCGAUUAUCAUCAAUGGGUAGAUUAGUAGUUUGUGGGGAUGGCGCAGUUCAAAAUUCAACAAAUUUGGCACUCCUAAGGCAUGGCAUCUCGAUAUGGAUUGAUGUGCCCUUGGACAUGGUAGCCAAGGGAAUAAUUGGAAAUAAGAGUCUCCUUUUGUCAUCAGAAAUAGCUAUCUCUGGAUCUUAUUCAGAGGUUUUGUCACAGCUAAUGGCUCUUUAUGAAGACAUGAGAAGAGGAUAUGCCACUGCUGAUGCAACCAUUUCGUUGCAAACAAAAAUAGCAUAUCAGCUAGGUUACGAGGACAUGGAUGCAGUGACAACAGAAGACAUUACUAUGGAGGAAUUCUCUAUGAUAUUUUCGGUUCUCAAGGAAAUAGAGAGACUUACAAGAGUGAAAAAGAUGAUGGAGGUGCAGCUAGACCGCUUUUAG